GUCUGCUGUGGUGUAGUAGAAGAAGGACAGCUGCUCUCCGCGGCGGAGGACGGAAAGGGGUAGAAAAAUAGUACAAUGUUUUCGCUACAGGCAACUGUUCACGGUCGAGACGACAACUAAUGCUGUCUUGACGCGCUCCGACAUAACCAUGGCGUGAAAUACUCCGUGGGAAGACAAGUGCAAAACUAUCUGGAGUUACUCGUAGCGGCGGAUUCGGCUGCCGCUGCCUGGAAGUUUUUCGUUGUUUCCCCGUCGGGGGACCCCGACGGUGGCGGUGGCUCUCUCCCCGGAGCGGUGUCCCGGUUUGUCCAGCCCCAUGCAAAACCUAACAGCCUCUGGCGACCCCGGCAACUCCAAUGUCACCUGCUCCUGUAACUGCACCGCUUCCCAGCCACAGGGAAUGGAGAUAUCUGAACUGGAGUUUGUUCAGAUCGUCAUCAUCAUUGUGGUGAUGACAGUGAUGGUGGUGGUGAUCAUUUGCCUGCUCAACCACUACAAACUUUCCACCUGGUCCUUCAUCACAAGGCAGAGCCAGGGCCGCCGUGAUGACCACGCCCUGCAGCAGGAUGGUUGUCUAUGGCCUUCAGACAGCAGCUCUCGACAAGGUGCCUCAGAGGUAAGACCACCUGUGUUGUACGCCCCCCAGGCCCGGGACCGCUUCACUGCCCCCACCUUCAUGCAGCGUGAUCGUUUCAGCCGCUUUCAGCCCACAUACCCGUACCUGCAGCACCAGAUCGACCUGCCACCCACCAUCUCGCUGUCAGACGGUGAGGAGCCUCCACCCUAUCAGGGUCCCUGCACGCUGCAGCUUCGGGAUCCUGAGCAACAAAUGGAGCUAAACCGGGAAUCGGUGAGGGCCCCGCCCAACCGGACCAUUUAUGACAGUGACUUGAUCGACAUGGGAGGAGGCGGUAGUCUCGGGGGCGCAGUGAACGUUGGAGGUUGUGGUCCAAGGCCACCAAGCAGCAAUUCUGGAAUCAGUGCUGCCAACUCUAGUAGCCACGGGCGCAUGGAGGGUCCGCCGCCAGCGUACAGCGAGGUGAUGAGCCACUACCCCGGCUCGACUUUCUUUCUACACCAGCACAGCAAUAAUCAGAGGGUUGGGAAGUCUGGAGGAUCAGGAAGCAGGCUGAUCCAGCCGCAGGGCCAAUCAGAAAGCACAACCGUACCUGUCAAGGACCGUCGGCCAGAUGACCUGGUGUGAGGAGAGGGAGCUGUCUGUCCUCUCCACCUCCUGAACGAGGGUUUCUCUAUUCCAUGGCGAGCUCUGCACAACGGUCUGCCAACUUCAGCCACAAGAGGAAAUAGUUGCUGCCAGAAUGUGGUCAUUUCUGUUUCUCCAGUGGCCUCUGCUGGAAGGAGCCUUGAACUGCGUGUUUUUUUUCCUUUUUCUUUUUUCAUUUCAAAUGAGAAAAAUAGCAUUCUGCUUGCACAGAUUAAAAGUCUUUCUGUUUUCCCCUCUGUCUCAGAUGGCUUCAGCCUUGAGAACUGCAGAGAAUAUUUAUUUUAAUUUUUACUUUUGGACCGGGAUCUGUGCACGCAAAAGUCAAGAAGACGAGAGAGUCAUAUCCUAGUGCCAAGGUUCACACGGAGGCAAAACCGUUGGAGAGAAAAUGUGACAAAAUUUCCAAUCACAAAAAAGUGAAGUUAUCUAAAAGUUGCACUAUCUUUUGUUUUAGAAGCAGGAAGUGAUCCUCUGUGUUGAUGACGUGUGGGUUUUGUGUCAUGUCUGUGCCGAAUGACUGAACUCAAGCUCCACAUUUGUCGGAGCAUAAACACAAGUAUUAUAAGCUUAACUCAGCCUACCACAUCUGUCUGCGCUCACCACAGGCACAGUGAGACUUAGUAAGAAAUCACCUUGUACCGCGACACUUCUGGGGAGGAGGUCUGCCCUGGGCUGGAUGGACCAGUAGUUUAUUCUGCUUCCUGGCAGUGGCCCAGUGAAGCCACCAUUAUUAUCAAUGCUACAAUUACUGCAUCAUAGCCGACAGGAGAGCGAGGCUGUCCAUCCACUCGGUGCAGGUUUCCCCCUCAGCUCUGUCCGGACCUCUCCUGCACCUAAUACUUCCUGGUACCUGCUUCUGUCUGCCACAUGCACCUGUGCAUUCUGCCAAACGUUGCCAUGUUUGUGGGGAAAACAGACACGGGGAGAGAAAAGGGAGUUUCUUUAGCCACACAAAUAGUUGAAACAACAACCGUGUCCGCCAGAGCAGAUCUGGAUUUCCUGAGAACUGUGUGGUGGAAGUCAAAGGGCUAAGGGAGGUCUCUUUUUUUGUAAAAGGAAAAAAAACUUUUUUAAAAUCUAGCCUUUCUCGCUGUUCAUUGUUGCCUUCUCCUCCGCUCCUGUGCUUUUUCUUUCUGUCUUUCAUGAACCUCAAUGGCGGUGACUUCUCCCUCCCCUCACACAAAGUCCUUCAUCAUCCUUCCUUCCAUCCCACUGCAGAUAGGAACCAGUGCAGAGUCGGCUAAGCCCUUUAAAGAACCGCCCAGUAGAUGCCGUCUGCUCAAGACUUGACCGCCAUGUGUAUCUGAUAUCCAAGUACUGUGGAUGCCCCGGGGCACGUGCAUUCACGUGUGCUCCGGUUUGAUUGCAUAGACCCGGUGCUCAUGCUUGUUAAGGAAGAAGCAAAAAUCUCAACCAACUAAAACAAACCACUGAAGUUUUUAAUCUAGAACUUUCAUCUGACACUGUACUUGUAUCCGUUGUUCUAGAAGGAGCUCCAGGCGCUAUUUAUUGUUAGUUAUUCAGUUAGCACCUGGGAAAAAAAAAAGGUCAUGGAUGUGGGUUUCUCACAGCAUCAAAGACAAAUGUGCAAUAUUUCAAUUGUCACCCAAAUAUUGUGCUAAGUUAUGACAAAAACUAACUAAAACUAAUGAAGUUAUUGUUUGUAAUAUUCAGAUUACCGAUAUGAUUCAUUAGUUAUAAUGUGAUGUUGAGGAAAUUCUGUCCAUUUUUUUUUUCCACAGUAUGAUUGGACAUUUCUCAUAUGAAGAGCAUUCCAUAGUGCACACUGUUUCCCCACAGUAUUUUGGUGAGCUACCCAAAACUACAAACCUGAAGUUCCCCUCCUGACUGUGAUCCUGUCCUUCACAUGUCUGCUGAGGAAGUCGGUGUGCUAGCUGAACUUGUUUACCCUCCAACUUGUGUGUGCAUCUUCAUUGCUGCUGCUAUUGCUGUUGCUGCUACUCCAUGUUGCUGCUGCUUCUCUUGCCCAUACUGUCUCAUAUCGACUCAUCCAGUCACUGGAUACGACCCUUGUCAGUCGAAGUCCCGCUGUUGAAACAUUCUUUCACUUCAGAUUGAUUCUGACCUGCAAUAGAAACAUUCAGGCAAACUGCUCUUUUUUCCCCUCCUUUGUCCUUCACUCCUGCUGUUUUCUCGACUCAUUCUGUCUGCGCAGUCACGGAGUAUCUCAAGAUGAACUUUAUGUUUUCUACAAGGAGGUUUGCAUGUUACUACUAUGUAAGAUUGAAAAAAAAAAAAGGUGCCUAAUGUUCAUGUUUGACCAGACCACAUCGCAGUCCGACUGCUGCUUGGAGUCCAUGCAGGUGCUGGGACACAUUAUUCAGUCCAACAUGUUGUGAAAUGUUCACGUUCAGCCAGGAACCAAAACCACUGUUGGACCUGACAGAAGCAGCCUUAAAGACUCUCUGAAACAGUUUUUUUUUUCUCAUUUCGCAGAGCACAUUUAAGUUCCAGGCUUGUGAGGUUUAGAAGAUAAGAUAAGGUUUGAACUGGCGCUUAAGUCUUGAAAUGUGCAGAAGUGACUUUGUAACACGGAGGUAGUCUUUCCACCCUUCUCUCCAUUUCAAACCUCAACCUAGCGAGUCACUCGUCAAAUUGUUUUUGAAGCCUACGUACUUGAUAUUCCACGAUCUCAACACCACUGAUGUGUCGGGGUUCAUUCCAGUCUGCGUCAUCACGAAGCGCUGCAUAGUGCAACCGCCCUGCGAAAUGAGAAACAACAAGCGUUUGUGCGGGAGUGGAUCGCCCCCUUCUGGUGAAGCACCUACCCCUAUUUCAAGCAGGACUUGGACCUGAGUGUGGAGCAGACAUAGGAACCCACUUGCACUCAAAAAGCUCCCACCUUUGUUGUGCCUCACUUCCAACGGUGCUUUUUUCAGUAGUCUGUCUUUCUUUAUGUUUGUUUGUAAGGUGCUGUACAUAACUUGAAUAUAUUAUGCACAUAUCCUGCCCAAUGGGUGGAAACCACAAAAAAACCUUGUGUAUACUGUAAUAUAAUGUACAGACAAUAUAAGAAUUUUAAGAAGGCAGAAUCAAAUUUGUGAAUGCCUACAAAAUGCUUUUUUUUUUUUUCCUUUUGUAUUCCGAGAACUUGCAAAGUAGGGUCAUGGUUGCAACAAUAACCAAACAAACUUGAUAUUGUGUGAGCAGAACUUUCUAUUUUAUUAUCAUCAUCCCCUCAUGAUGUGGUCGGGCGUCUGCAGGCACCUUGUGUGUCUGCUGCUCACCACAGCGAUUAGCACUUACAAACGGAACGUGUCUGCACUCGUGUUCAGUUGUUUUAAAGAUGCAUUCAGCUAAAAGAACUACAGUCGACAAGUUCAGGACCACUGCUGAAAAUCAACUUUUUGUUCGUCUGUCAAUGUCAUCUCUCAUGAGGAAACUGAGCGAAGCUUGCUGCCCUCAGGUGUUAUUCUGCUCUCAGUCAGUACGCUAAGGUGGCUUCUUUAAUUCGGAGCUGACUGACUUGCUUUACCCAGACAGCCCCGCGAGGAAUUCACUGGCCUGUGGCAAUACAUAUUUAAUCUAUAAAAAAACAAACAUUGUCUUUCCUAAGUUAACUCUCUUCAAACACCUUACAAAUCUAUAAGUGGAUCUUCCCACGUACAAACCCACCCGCACCAAGCCCAGCUGAGUGUGUUCACUAAUAAAGAACAGGAGAAAACUAAACAAAACACAAACAAUCCUCUUAGCAUAUCUUGUAGCUCAGAAAUGCAUGCCUCUUGUAGCCUCCAGCACAGAGCAGGAUCUCAGCGUUGCUAGCACCUGAGGGCCAAACCUAAUUUGGCACAUCCUUAUUCUUACAGGAUUGCUGAUCCACUUUUGACGUAGAGCAGCCGUGGAGCUACUUUUGGCUGUUUCCUCUGCACCAGAGCUUAAAAGGAAACCUUCACUGCAUUAUUGCAGCUCUUCAAUCCAAAACGUUUUUUCUUAGGCAAUUGCCAGUCUCCCCAGAAGCUACAACCCACAGCAGAGUGUUGUCCUGAAGUGUUGUCCGCGACUGUGGUUCUUACUUCAUCAUUUCUGUCUUCAUAAUUACUGUUCUGAACAUUGUCAGGAGAGUUCUGGAUGAUGGGGAAAAAGGCACAAAAUGUCAGUUCCUGACUAACCUGCCGCCUAAUAUUUGCAUACUGUGCAGACCAUAACUCCAGUGUUCAAUAACUGCAGAGCAUGUUAUUCUCUAUAGACAAUGUACAUAGCAAUGUGCUAGUUUCUCCAAGAAGCAUCAGAUGUGCAGUUUUUGUCUCUCCCUCUCCCCCCCCUCCCUCUUUCUCUACAGAGCUCAGCUCUGCGUCUUAUUAUAUUAUCAUUAUUAUUGUUUUAAGUUUCUGCACUAGCUUGAAGAACUAACUUGGGCACAGACUGAUUUUGGGUUGUCCUUUGCAGCACGAUUCCUCCUCCCACCGAUCAGACUCCAGUACUGACAAGUAGCUGAAUUUUUUUUUUUUUUUUUUAAACGUUCCAAGUUUUCAUCAGAAUGAAGAUAAUCGGUUAUUGAUAUUCUGUCACUAUAGACCUGCUACUAUGUCUGGAUCUAUAACAUCAGUUUGCUUUAUUUCCAAAACCCUCUCCCGCUUUGUUAGAGUGGGUACACAUCGGGCUGCACCACGUGGCGGCACGGUCCGUGUGUGCAUCAGCACAGAAUCAUUUGUUUUCUCUUGCUUUUGUUGCCUCUUAAUUUAAGCAUUUGUAAUGUUAUAGAUUUUAGGCCUAAGGUCUGUCAUUGCAAUACUUUUACAAAAAAAAAGAAGAAAGACAAAAAAUGUUGCUCAAAGUGCUGUUGUAGUCAAAGAUUUUAUGCUUGUACUUAUGCUGGAGUCAAACUGCAGCGCAACUAAU